UAAAUUUCUUGUGAUUCAGUUUAGACUGUUGACAAAUUUCAUCAAUAUUCCUUCAAGGAUAUUCACCUUAACUACUUUCGUCCUUAUCAAGUUUCUAGAAUCGCCAUGACUUCAAAAAUACCAAAAGGUCUUCACUUACCUCCCGAAACGAAGAGAAUUGAUCAUAAAGUGGAAUCCAAAGCACCUGCUGCCCCAGCGGCUGUCCACAAAUCAGAUGGCAUCCUGAAACACACAAAAGAAAAUGUACCAAGGAAGAAUGUAGCAUCAAAGGUCUACAAAGGAGUGUCCACCAGGUAUGGGCAACAGGCAGAGCUGAAGGAGCAAAACCAGCAUUUGACUGCUGCCAAUGAAGAGCUGCAAGGCAACCUGUCUGAAAUGCAGCAUAGAGUAGAAGAGCUGGAGCGACAGUUCAGUGAGCUUGAAAAGGAGAACGUGGACAUUAAGAAGAACCUUAAAGACUGCCAUGUGCUCCUUGUUGCUGCCCAAAUAGACCCAGUGUCAGGAGAGACGGUUGGAGAAACUCAACGACAAGCAGAAGACCGACAGGAAGCGAUGAGUGUCUCCAAAGAUCUGCUGAAUGAGUUAAAGGCCUUUGGUGAGGUUGCGUCGCAGCAGCGUGCUCAGCUGGAGGAAAUCCAGACAACAAUGGCGGAUCUCAUGAAAGCUCGAGGGCACAUGAUGCAAGAGAGGGAGAACUUUUCCCAGCAGGCAGCUGAGAUAACCGAAGCUUUAAAAGAAGCAGAAGCUCUCCUGAUGUAACAUGUUCAAUAUUUCUUAACUUAAAACUAUUAAAGAUUUGUAUGUAUUGAUGCAUAUUGUGUUUUAAUGUGGCUGAAUCUGAACACAGGAUUUCUCUCUUCGUAUUCCUGAAUCCUUAAUUUGUGUAGUUCUGCUUGCACGGACUGUACAUUUACAGAUGAACACAAUUUUCUUGAGUUCUUUUGUUGGAAAAUCAUUUUGUCUGCUUUGCAAGACAUAUUUGUCUGAUUCUGAAUAUGAUUUUUAUCACAACACAAGGUAAGUCAUUAAA